CCCUUGUAAAAUUCAAAGCACUUUGCCUCUGACUCCUGCCAGCGGAAGGGUUCAGUGCCAAAGUGAAAGGCUUCCUAAAAAUGGGCUGAUCUAGGGAGGGGGGCGAUUUAAGAGCUAUUGAGAAACAAGGAAGGACAAACAGUGUUAGGUCAUUGCUUAUGCAAACACAGCCAAGGCUGUUCCUCUAUAAAAGAGAGAGAAAGCAGUUCCAGAGCCAUCACAGACUUGGAGGGGACAGUCUGUGACCAAGGCUGCUGCUGCCCCUCCUCGGCACCCGACUCCCUGCUCAAGUAUGAAACUCCUACUCUCCACUGUGCUGUCCUUCGGGAUAGUGGCUUUCUGUUCUGCUGCGCCCCCAAAGACAAACAUCAAGUGGUGCACAAUAUCCUCAGCAGAAGAGAACAAAUGCAAUGUCCUGAGGGACCACAUGCAACAAGACAACUUUGCAUUGAGUUGCCUGCAGAAAGCAACGUACCUUGACUGCAUAAAAGCCAUCUCGAAUAAUGAAGCAGAUGCCAUUAGCUUGGAUGGAGGUCAAGUUUUUGAGGCAGGCCUUGCCCCCUACAAGCUGAAGCCCAUUGCUGCUGAAGUCUACGAACACAGCGAAGGCUCCACCACCAGCUACUAUGCUGUGGCUGUCGUGAAGAAGGGAACAGACUUUACAAUAAAUGAACUGAGGGGAAAGACCUCCUGCCACACAGGCCUGGGCAGGUCUGCUGGCUGGAACAUCCCGAUUGGGAUCCUCAUCCACCGGGGAGACAUCGAGUGGGAUGGCAAAGACUCGGGCUCCAUUGAGCAAGCCGUGGCCAAUUUUUUCUCUGCCAGCUGCGUCCCCGGUGCCACCACUGAACCCAAACUGUACCGUCAGUGCAAGGGGGACUCCAAAACCAAAAUGUCCCGCACGGGACCUUAUUCUGGAUAUUCUGGAGCUUUUCACUGUCUGAAAGAAGGAAAAGGAGAUGUGGCUUUUGUGAAACACACAACUGUUCAAGAAAAUGCCCCGAAUGAGAAGGAGGAGUACGAGCUUCUGUGUCUGGAUGGCACCCGCCAGCCCGUGGACAACUACAAAGCCUGUCACUGGGCCAGGGUUCCUGCCCACGCCGUGAUGGCUCGAGAUGACAACAAGGUCAAUGACAUCUGGAACUUCCUCUCCAAAGCACAGGAAAAAUUUGGCGUGGGCACAACCAGCACCUUCCACCUCUUUGGGCCACCUGGCAAGAAGGACCCAGCCCUCAAAGACUUGCUUUUCAAAGAUUCUGCAGUUCAGCUGAAGCGAAUCCCAUCACUGAUGGAUACCCAGCUCUACCUGGGCUUUGACUAUUAUGGUGCCAUCCAGAGCCUUCAGAAAGACCGCCUGACCCCCAGCCGCAGAGGGAACAAGACCCAGUGGUGUGCGAUAGGCAGGGAUGAGAAGAAGAAGUGUGACGUCUGGAGCGUGAUGAGCAAUGGGGAGGUGGAGUGCAUCGUGGCAGAAGACACCAAGGAAUGCAUCAUGAAGAUCAUGAAAGGUGAAGCAGAUGCCAUCAGCCUGGACGGAGGCUUUGUCUACACUGCCGGCAUGUGUGGCUUGGUGCCAGUGGUGGCAGAGAGCUAUGAGGAGAACCACUGCAGUGAAUCGGAAGAAGAACCAGCAACCUACUUUGCUGUGGCUGUUGUGAAGAAAUCUGACAGAGAUAUCACAUGGAACAACCUGCAGGGUAAGAAGUCGUGCCACACCGCCGUGGGGAGAACUGCCGGCUGGAACAUCCCCAUGGGCCUGAUUCACAACAGGACAGGGAACUGCAACUUCGAUGAAUACUUCAGCCAGGGCUGUGCUCCUGGAUCUCCUCCCACCUCCCGCCUCUGCCAGCUCUGCAAGGGCUCUGGGGGGGUCCCUCCGGAGAAGUGCGUCGCCAGCAGCCACGAGCAGUACUAUGGAUACACUGGAGCUUUGCGGUGUCUGGUGGAGCAGGGGGAUGUGGCCUUUAUUAAGCAUUCCAUCGUCGAGGAGAACACUGAUGGCAAAAGUAAAGAAAGCUGGGCCAAAGAUCUGAAAAUGGACCAAUUUGAGUUGCUGUGCACUGAUGGGCAACGGGCAAAUGUCAUGGACUACAGGAGGUGCAACCUGGCCAAAGUUCCCACACACGCCGUGGUGACACGUCCUGAGAAAGCAAAACAAGUCCGUGAGAUGCUGGAGAGACAAGAGAGACUGUUUGGAGCAAAAGGAAUCAAGAAUAAGGAUUUCAACAUGUUUGCAUAUGAAACCAAGGAUCUCCUGUUUAAAGACUUGACCAAGUGCCUGGUGAAGCUCCGCGAUGGAAUAACGUACAAGGAAUUCCUCGGAGAUCAAUACUACGCUUCACUUGCCAGCCUCAACACCUGCAAUCCAUCAGAUCUUCUCCAGGUGUGCACCUUCCUUGAGGACAAGACUCUUAAAACACAGCCUCAGUCCGCCCAGGUCUCCCGGGGGAACUACAACCCCCAUGAGACCCCGCGCCCACCCUUCCCGCCCUGCGGCGGGGCCGGAAGCGGAAGUGCUGUGGCGGCCACGUGUGCGGCCAUGGCGGGCGGGCUGGAGCCGGACCUGGCGGCGCUGCGGCGGGAGCUGAGCGGCCCUGCCGUAUUCUCUGUGCUCAUCGCGCUCAUCGCCGUCGCCGUCACCUUCCUGAUCUGGCGGUUCGUGCAGGGCAGGAGGAGCAGCAGGAAGGCCGUGCUGCUGCUGGGCCUCUGCGACGCGGGGAAGACGCUGCUCUUCGCGCGGCUGCUGUCGGGCAGAUACCGGGACACCCAGACCUCGAUCACCGACAGCUCGGCCACGUACCGGGUCAGCCGGGACAAGGGCACCAGUGUGACCUUGAUCGACCUUCCAGGCCAUGAGAGUUUGAGGCUCCAGUUCUUGGAGAGGUUCAAGGCUGCAGCCAGAGCCAUCGUGUUUGUGGUGGACAGCGUGGCCUUCCAGCGGGAGGUGAAGGACGUGGCAGAGUUCCUGUACCAGGUCCUGGUCGAUGGCACCGUCCUCAAGAACGCGCCUGCGCUGCUCAUCGCCUGCAACAAGCAAGAUGUCACAAUGGCAAAAUCAGCAAAACUUAUUCAACAGCAGCUGGAGAAAGAGCUCAAUACCUUACGGGUGACCCGCUCUGCAGCCCCCACCAGCCUGGACAGCUCAGGGGGUCCUGCCCAGCUGGGCAAGAAGGGCAAGGACUUCGACUUCUCCCAGCUGCCUAUGAAGGUGGAAUUCGUGGAGUGCAGUGCUCGGGGCAGCAAGGGGGAGGAGGGAGAUGCUGACUUGGAGGGCCUGGAGAAAUGGCUACUGAAGGUCGCCUGAACAGGGAAGGGCAGGGCUUGGGGGGCAGGACACUUGGGGACUGAAGGGAAGAAGAUAGUCUGGAGCUGUAGAAAGAAGGACCUGAAGCUGGAAUUGAGCACUAUGGGAGAUUUUCCCAGAUUGUGUUUCGUUGCACAUUGCAGUGUCCUACUGCAGGAAUAUUUUUCCCUUUUUUUUUGUGACUUUCUCUUGUUUUAGAGUUGAGGGAGUGGCUGGCUCCUGGCAGACUCUUUUUGUCCUUUGCAGACCCCUCCUCUCCAGUUUGGUGCUUCCUCCAUCACUCAGCUCAUCUGUUGUGUUCUUUUCUUUCCCUGUCUCCCUGUAGCAUUACCAAGUGUUGGGAAGAGCAGGAACAGCCUUCCCAAAGCCCUGUGCCCAUAACAAAGCUGAUCCUUGCAUUUCUAGUCUCGGGAACCCAGUAGCUCUUCAACUAUCCAUGCAGGAGGUGGGGAGGGUUAUAUUUACCAAGGAUAUUAUAUUCUAUUUCCUGCAGCCAGAGUCUUGUCAGAGCAUGUUUGUCAUGCUCUGAACUCCUUUAGCUGAAGAUCCAAGGCUGCCUGCUUCAAAUCCAUGGUGCCCAUGGUUUUGGGCAAAAAAUUGUUGUUUUUUUGGGUGGUUGUUUUUGUGAAGAUGCAUCUCCUUGAAAAGCAGAGGCCAAGCACCAGCCUCUGUGUAAGGGGGAUGGAAAGGUACCAAUGAGGCCACAAUUGGUUUUAAGUUAUUCUUUUUAAAAGUAUUCCUGAAAUAAAUUUUUUUUUUUUGCUUAAA